AUGAAGCACAGGGUUUAUGGUAUCGGGCUGCUCCUCUGCAGUCUUAGUAGUAUCAUCGAGGCUCAGAGCAACUUCGUCAGUCUGGCCUCGAGCUGCAACAAUACAGAUGGCUCCAAAGUGACUGCAGCAUCCAUCUCCGCAAGCGGACUCUGCGGAGUUCGCUUCUACUCCCAGAGUUCUUACGCUGGAGCUUCAUCCACCGUCUACCUAGGGUUUGCUGUAAACUUCGCUGUCCCGCAGUCAGCACAGCUCAGAGUGGUUGUGCCCUCGUCGAGCGCGUACCAGCUCGGAGCUGGUGGGACAAGCUCGGUGGUCGGGCUGACGACGAGUGGAGGGGACAUAGGCGACGUCCCGCUGCACGGGACAGGAUCUCCGACUUUGACAGCGAUCACGGGAGGGUUCCAGGUGGUGCUGGGAGCGAACAGGACAGCGACGGUCCUUGACUCCAAGGCAGGGUUCGAGAUGCUGGUGACAAACGUCAGGAACCCAUGGAAGAACCUGGGAGACUCGGCGACGGUCAGCCUGUGGUCCAACGGCACUGAGUUUUUCUCUGUGGCAGUGCCUUUGGUUCAGUUUGCUCCUUACACGAUGACAAACGCCAACGUCUCUAUCGGCCUCUCCAACAACGACGCGAUGGUGGUGACGGACGUUGUGGUUACGCUGUCUACCAGCGGUUUCCUGCCUCCCGACGGGAAGUUAGAGUUCCACUUUCCCGAGGGGUUCAGGGUGCAGAAGGGAGUCACGAAGGCUCUGAACCAGAACAAGUUCUCGGAAGGUCAGGCCGUCUUCGUGUCACUAGUAGACGAGACCUCCAACGUCGUCACGCUGAAGGUAGCUCCCAACCUGGGCUAUAUCAACACGGGUCUUUCUGCCCUACAAGGCGCCUCCUUCCUCCUCACAAGUAUCAGAAACCCGUUUGCUGGGACCACCUCGACCUUCAUGGUGCGGACGAUGACUGGUGACGGCACCCUCAUCGAUUCUGGCAACAUUUCCGGCGUGUUUGUCAAGGGAGGCUCGCUGACAUGCAAGGUUUCCUCCGGCUCGGACCGCGCACGGCAACUGGCAACGUACGAGUUCGAGAUCCGGACUGUCGGGACGAUCCCCAGGGACGGCAAGUUUGUGAUCAUUUUUCCGUUCGGGAUACACAUCUGCCUCGACAACCUCAACCUGACGUCUGACAUCCUGGGAAACUUAGGGACCUUCACCUUUGGAGUGAGCGGAAUCGUCAACCCGGGGGCGGGGUCUACAAACUCCUUCACCAUCCGCACGACGUUCUUUGAUCCAACCCGCAUCAUCGACGACUCAUCAGUGCCAGGCGUCUCAAUCACGACGUCGGUCUUCCCCACAAGGGGCAUUACCUACUCCAACCUUCUCUCAGGCCAGCAGCUUCUUAUCUCGGUCAACUUCUCAACAGUCGGCUACGUCCCGGACAACGCCAUCAUCCAUGUCGGCAUGCCUGACGGUUUCGGUAUCAACCUCCCGACUUCCUCCUACAUUUUCUCCUCCACCUGCUGCGACGGUCCCACCUGCUUCACCUGCAACAUUACCCUGUACAUGGUGCAAGGACAGGACCUCUACCUCAGGCUCUUCGGGUCGGGCGCCACCAACCUCCCCGAGGGUCUCCGGAUCUCCUUCACCUUGGCCAACGUCAGAAACCUUUGGGCUGGCCCCAAGAACGGCAUCGACAUCGCCCUCCUGCUCUCCGACCAGAUCUCCAUCAUUAGCCAGGCCAUUGACGUUGACAGCACCUCCAUCCUCCCGGGCAGUUUCAACCCCUCCCUCCUCCUCCAGUUCUUCCGCGGGAGCGACUCUUCGCUCCUCGAACCUCCAGCUGCCGGAGUCUGCGGCUUCUACAGAGCCCGCAUCAACAUCAGCGGGACGCUUCCUCCCAAGGCCGUGAUCGAGCUCCGCUUCCCUCCUGGUGUUCAGGUCAACGACCUCGAUUGCUCCGCCACCCCCUCCUCGCCCUCCUCCGUCUCUCAGGUCAGAGCAAUCCGCCCGGCGAGCAUGGGGCUUCUCAGCUCCGACACGGCGAGCAGACGGGUUGUCUUCCAGAUCCUCCAGAACGUCUGGAGUGACAGCUGGGCUGAGCCGAACGUGCUGGAGUUUGACAUCCUCAACGUCAGGCACAUAGCUGGGGGUCUGCUGGACAACUUCUCCAUUAUCGCCUACAGGGAGGACGGGGCAUCGGUGGUGGAGCAGAAUCUGACGAUACCGGGCAAGAACGUCACCGUUAACUCCUUCGCCUCCAUCUCCAUCACCCCGCAGGACCCUUCAGCUGGGGUCCGCUCCCAGCUGACCUUCUCCUUCCAGUCCCCUGCGGUCAUGCCCUCCUCGUUCCUCCUCGAGCUUCAGAUCCCCGGCUCGUUCCUCAUGGACGAUGGGGAUCUGACGCAGAUCCUCUCCCCGACGGUCGGAGGAGGGAGCAGAAGCAUGGCCAUCCUGUCCAAGAACGUCGGCAAUGGAACAAUGUCCAUCCUUGUCCAGGGAUCGACCGGCCUCGUCGGCGGCAUCGCCUCCUCCUCCGCUUCCUGCUCCCCUGCUGGGCAAAGUUGCGUCCGGACCCCCACCAGCUUCCCAGCUGAGCUCCUGAUCCCCUCGGGGACUCAGUUCUCCUUCGUGCUUGACAACAUCCGCAACCUUGCCGGAGGUUUCUCCGGCAUCUUCACCAUGAUCGCCAGAGAAAAUGCGCAGAGCCCGGCGAUAGCGCAGAAGCUGGAUGUUGGCGGGCCCGUCCUGGUGGUGGGACAGCUGAAGGACGCGCAAGUGACUCUCAAGGAUCUUGGGUCGAGCAUGAUCACCACAGCAAACGUCACGCUCGUCAUCAACAACACCUUCGCUCUCAUAGGAGCCGUCAGGGUCGUGCUCCCCCCCGGCUUCCUGAUUAGCGCAGGCGGCACGACUUCCGUCUCCUCCCCCUCCAUCACCCGGCUGUCCCUUACGUACCCGACGACUGCCGUGAUCCUCUCCCUUGACCAGGGGGCGAGGAUGGUGGAAGUGAGGCUCAGCAGCCCGGGGAUCGAGUUCCUCUCCUCCUCCGACGUCAUUCAGUUCUUCCUCUCCCAUAUCCAGAACUCUAUCGCUCGCCCCGCAGCAGCAGGAGGAGGCUACCAGGUCACCAGCACCUUCCUCGUCCUGACCCUCCUUAGCAGCGGCGAGCUGGUCGAGACAAGGAACGCGCCAGGAGCGCUCAUCGUCCCCAACACCAUCAGCUCGUUCCCAGCUGGAGCAGGAAGGUUGUUCCCAGCGAGUCUCGUCCCUGGCUACCUCGGCCUCCUCUUCCUCCAAUUCUCACUCAACGUGGAGCUGCCGGCAGGAUCCACCAUCGAGCUCUCGCUCCCUUCCUCCUUCCUCCUCUCCGAUUCGCAGGUCAGCUUCGAGGCAGCGGGCUACCGAGAUGCUAGCAUGUCGUACACGACCGCGAGCUCUGGCGGCUUCAUCGUUCUCAGUAUGCAGCGGAAGGUGAACGCGCAAGUGAUCAGCAGCGGGUCCCUUGUACGUGUGAAUGUGAGCAAUGCUCGAUCACCCACCAGCGAGGGGCUGACGGGAGUCGCGAGCCUCCGCGUGCUGUCCUCGGACGGAGGCGUGCUGGGGAUAGCAGUGCUGCCUCCGAAUAACAUCGGACGUCCAUCGGAGCCGAGGAACGUGGAGGUCAAGAACUGCCCUGCCGACUACCCGCAAACCAAUCCUUUCUGCCUCUCCAUCUCCUUCGAGCAGCCGCUGGAUGACGGAGGAUCUCCGAUCGUCUCCUACAUGAUCUCUUUCUCCAUGGCCGCUGACUUCAGUACGGUGGAGACUCUCACCAUCGAUGCGGGCGGUCAUCCUGGCGUCAUCUCAGUCACCACCCGCUCCCUCAACAAGAACGUCUUCUACGUGCGGGUGCAGGCAGCCAACGGCCCUAACGCCUCCUCCUAUGGCAUCGCGGGUGAGGGCAACUCAGUUCGUAUCAUCGACUACCCCGGGGCUCCUCGUCCUGGGCUCCUUCGUCCCGGCUCCGCCAACGUUCUCUCAGCCAGCUGGCUCCCUCCUCAGUAUACAGGAGGAGUGAACCCUGUAGCAAGACUCCUCGGCUACAAGAUCGAGUUCGACAAGUCCAGCAGCAGCUUCCUCCAGGUCAACCCCAACCAAACCCUCGUCCUCGACGCCUCCCAGACCGUUGCCUCCUCUGGCUUCCUCCCGACAGGCUUCUACUUCGCACGGAUCUUCGCCAAGAACGACAUUGGCUACGGCCCUCCCGCAGUCUUCGCCUCCUCUGCGCUCGCCACUCCUUUCCUUCCCGUCCAGUGGAGCGACAAUGUCACUGCCAGCUCCUCCUCCUCCUCCUCCUCCUCCUACACCCUCUACGUGGGGGAGAGCUUCGAGAAGCUCAUCGAGGCCUUCGACGGGGACAUCACAGAUCAGGUGGCGAUACUGGUGGACGACUCGGUCGGGCUGCCGGACGGUUUCGAGCUUCUUCCUCCUGCGAUCUCAGGGAGAGACGGAGGAACUGCCAACGUGGCCUCCCGCGUCCUCUCUGCCAUCCCAAGCUCAUCCCAGACCGGACUCUCCUUCCAGGUCUGCCUCCUCGCUCUCAACAGCAACUCAAACCCCCUCGGCCCCAACACCAAGAUCCGCCGCUGUCUCUCCUUCACCGUCCUCCACCCCCAGCUCCGAUGGACGGCAGACACUCCAGAGGAGGGGUCCUCCCUGCUGGCGUACCCGGGUUGCAACGUUGAGGUCCUUGUGAACGUCGCCUCCCUGUGGUACUCCGUCCUCUUCAGGUACGACAAGCUCCUGAUGGACUUUCAAGGCGUCUUCUCCCCCUGGAACGGUACGCUAGCAGGCGUCUCCUUCGCUCCUCUCCCCUCUAGCCCGACCCCCCUCCCCCAGCUCGGCCCCCAGCCAGAGUUUCUCCACAGCGCGAAGUUCCUGUACCAGCCUCCUCCCUUCCUUGCCGGCCGGAAGCUCAAGCUCUGCUUCCUCGCCUCCGACCCCUGGAACAUCUCCUCCAUCUCCCGCUGCGUCAUCCUCCAGCUGGGCUCCUGCAAGGCCUGCAUCCGGGCCGGGCAGACUCUCAGCUCCCUUGCUCUAGAGUAUAAGACCGACUGGCUCCAGCUCUGGCUCACCAACCCCAACAUCGGCAACCCCAACAGGAUCCGCUCCUCCAUCGACGUCCUCAGCAUCGGCGUCCCCUACACCACCAGAGGAGGAGAGACAGUCAGCGGGCUAGCCGAGCGAUUCUACUUGACUGCCAACGACGUCCUCGAGUCAAACACAAGGCCCGUCCUCCUCUUGAAUCCUCCAUCCUGCUCCCGCUUCCUCCUCAUCCGCUUCCUCUCUCCCUCCCUGUCGCCUUGA